GAGCUACAAACUCAGCAAGUAACGCACAGAUUAGUCAGAUGGGAUCUACCAGGCACAAGAGCUGAGUUCUUUCUCUCUCAUUCUAGAUUUCUGCAUGGCUCUCUUGCUCAUUGUCUCUAAUUUGUAACUAAAUUAUUUCCUUCUUUACCACCCCUAUGUCUAUCUACUUGUGAUCCCUAACUAACAGAGGAUGGAAAAACACCAUGAACCUCUCAAAGCCUCCUCUGAUGUUCUACUCAGUGAUACCUUCACUCUGGUUCCCAGUGAGGGCUUGCUCCUUUCUCUCCAACUUACUAAGACUGAGCUGCAGGUGCAUAGCCAGCCCAGUGGACAUCAUGCACCAACCAGCACUCGGCUGUUCCUGACUGACUGCAUAGGUUGUCGCACCUUCAAGGGUAAAGACCCAGCUGACAUUGGAGGCUACUUUACAGUUGUGUUUUACCCUCUCAUGAUGGGUAAAGGGUCAACAGCAUAUCGCCAGCGAGUUUCCAGGACCUUCCGUGCGGGAACUUUCCAGGGCAGAGAUCAAAACAUGCAGGUGGCUAGGACCUGGGUACAGACCAUACAGCAGCUAGCAGACCAGCAAGGUAACAAAAACGAACAAUCAGGUGUAUUCUACAAGCCUAGCUUUUCCUAGUUCUAUCAGGUAUUUCUACAACAAAGUUCUAAAUGUGGAGCAAUCAGUUGCCAUAGUGAUUGCUCCACUAUUAGAAUGCUGCCCCAAACUAUUUCAUUAAACGUUCUCUAACCCAUGAAGUGUGUUAAAGCUGCCAGUGGAUGAUCAUAUAUGUUCCAUUGAAAAUAACACUCCAAGCACCAUAACCACUACAGCGACCUGUAGUGGUUAUAGUGCUUGUCCUGCCCCCCUGAGAGUGAAUAUUAAAAUGGUCUGUAUGUAGUUAUCAGUAUGUCAUAACACUGCAUAUAGCAGCCUUUGAUAAAUAUUGUAGGGAAACAUACACCAUAAUUUUUUUUUAUUUCUUUAAGGUACAGACAGGUGUGUGUAAAUGUUUGUACUUUUUUUUUUUUUAACCUACAACCUACUGGUUGCCAUAUCAGCUACAACAAAACAAAUUGGGUGUUUGAUAAGACUAGUAGUUUUCGAACUCUGAGACACUUUGCACCGGUUCUACAAGUUUGAAGAAAAUACCUUUUAAUGGACAGGUAGAAGAGAGUUUCAUAGAUAUAGUUCUCUGUGUUUGCAUUAGAUAGUUUUAUUUGUACGCGAAACUUCGGUUUUUAUUUCCUGUGUAAAAGUGGUAACGUCAUAUAAGAUAAUCAUUUUGCGGAAGUUACGAAAGGCUAAUAAAUUACUCUGUCCUUGUACCCAUUCAAUAAAUGAAUCCACCGCCCAAGAUACUGAGAUAUAGAUAUAGAUAUAUAUAUAUAUAUAUAUAUAUAUAUAUAUAUAUAUAUAUAUAUAUAUAUAUAUAUAAAUAAUAUUUAUUUAUUUAUUUAUUUAUUUUUUAGGUUGAUAGCUCCCCAUGCUUCACAAAAUACUCUGGGGUUUAUCUACUCAAAUAUUGUGAAUUGAAAACCAGAUUUAAAAAUUUGGUCUAAAUUAGCUGAGAUGUGACUGUAGAUAAGUUGGAGAAUUGUAGAAAUCGAGCACUUUUUGUCACAUUUUUCAAUUCAUUUUUAAUGCAUUUCUAUUAGGUAUUUAGUAAACAAACCUCCUUGGAACUGUGGGUAAUAGAACUAUGAAAUUCAAAUAAAUUCCGUAUUGGAAAGAUUCUCCAAGUCAGCAAUUUUUUUUUUUAGUUUUGCUGUUUUAGGAAUAAAAUUUGAAAUUCACAGGCCAGCUCCCAGCUAUUCAAGGUUCAUUUGCAAGGACCUUGGACCUUUAUUGACAUGCGUAACACAGCAGUUCAGUAUAUUGAUCAGUGGAUAUGCAAUUCAAUCUGCUGUGAACUUUUCAUGUGGAUCAAAGUAGAAACAGGUGUGACAGGUUGGGACACAUUCCAAAAGCAGAUUAUGCAAAUUGCACAGGACAGGUGCUUUUUUUGUGUGUGUUGUUGAGUAGCUGUGAUGAAUGCUUUAGCUUUAAUAAUACCAAGUAAUACGCUACUUAAAACAAUCACCCACUGAUAAAUAGCACCUAUUUUUGUAUAAAUAAACAUCCCCUCUACUUAGAAUUUGGUAUUGCAGUUUCCUUCUUCAUUGUUCCUAUAAGCACAUAUUAUUAUUAUUAUUAUUAUUAUUAUUAUUAUUAUUAUUAUUAUUAUUAUUAUUUAUUUAUUUAUUUUUAUUUAUAAAAUAUUUUACCAGGAAAGCUGCAUAUGUCUAAAAAGCUGCCAUCGAAAUUAGUGGGCCCCUUAAAAAUGAUGUCUUAAGCGUUUGAAAGCUAUAGAAGCCGAAUGUUUUAAAAAUUCAGUUUUGUGUUUUAGCGCUAGACUGUCACACUGUAAACCCGAACCAGAAAACAAUUAAGAUUCCACGGUGCCCUACACAGGUUACUCGUUUAGGGCCCCCCUUCAUUUGGGUGUGUAAUGGGGCCUAGCAAAUUCAUGCUUCCGAGGAACCUGUCUAAUAUGUGGGCAGUAGGCAGCCGCCUAGGGUCGCCUUAUGGAUAAACUUGCUCUGACCUGAACUAAAUUAACAGGGAGGUAGCAGCAUGGGCCGGUACAGUCUCAGCAAUAUUAGUUCUCAUGUGUGUUGUAGCAUCUUAUUUACUGCGAUCCAAAAAAGGGCCUUGAUUCAACAUGUUUUCAUUAGCUUUUAAAAAGAUUUUUUUUUUCAAAAUAUUCAAGUAUAUUAUAAAUUAAGAAUGGGGAAUUAAUACAAUUUUUAAAGAGGUUUAAAAAAAAAAAAAAAAAUCUUUAUUUUAGCCACAGAGUGACAUGAGGUGUACAUGCAUAGCAAAACACAGUAAGUAGACUGGUAGUAAAACAACAGCAUAUAACACAGUAAAAACGUUGCACAUUUGUCAGGCUGUGGGUUUUUUGUAUAGUUAAGGAGGCUGGUGGUGGCUGGUUUAGUGUUAGAUAUGUGGCGUUUAUAGAGAGAGAGUAAAAGUGCCGGUGUUAACAAUAGAGAAGAUGUGCAAAUAAGAUGGGCCAUAACUAGAAAUCGGAGCUUGUUGGUGGAACAUGCUUGCUUUGUUAUCUAGCAGAUUCAGGUGUAUUCCUUGCACAUCCCUAGCUUAAUUAACCCAUAGGCAAGGGGGGGAAAGGGGAACAAUAGAGGACAAAACCAGUCGGUCUGAGAAGGGUUGAAAUAACUAUCCUGCUCCGUGUGUAAGGAUGUAAACUUUUGUGUGGUUAGGGGAAGAGACUCUCUAAUUACAUGUGUCCUUAACUGGGCCUGUAAGAUGCAGUCCUGUUUGAGGUCAGGUUGUGGCUGUGACAUGAGUGUCUGGUAUGGCCGGUUUGGGUACAAAUUCCAGAGCUGUCCCUGGGUUCCAUCUGUGGGUUGGCUGAGGCGCUGUACUCGGGGCAUCGAUGCUGACGGAGUUUUGGGGGAUUCCCAAACACUGCAGGAUCGCUGCAGCUUCCUGGAGGUCUCGUAUGAGGUAGGUCAUGUCCCCGUGGAGGAUCGACAGUGCUCGAGAGGGGCGCCAGUGGCAGCGUAUGUUGUGCCGUUGUAGAAGGGAGGUGAGUGGUCAUAGUUCUCUGCGCCAUGCCAGAGUGCUGCAACAGAGGUCCGCGUAGAAUGUCAGUGACAUGUUUUCGAGGGUGUAAGGUGACUUGCCCGUUAGAGCAGUCAGAAGUCUCCAGAAGGAUAUUGAUACUUUAGAGAGAGUUCAGAGAUGGGCUACUAAAUUGGUUCAUGGAUUGCAGGAUAAAACUUACCAGGAAAGGUUAAAGGAUCUGAACAUGUAUAGCUUGGAGGAAAGACGAGACAGGGGGGAUAUGAUAGAAACAUUUAAAUACAUAAAGGGAAUCAACACAGUAAAGGAGGAGACUAUAUUUAAAAUAACAAAAACUACCACAACAAAAGAACAUAGUCUUAAAUUAGAGGGGCAAAGGCAGUGGUCGAGUCCUGCAGGAACGCAUGGGAACGGCAUUCCUGCACUUUUUCCAAAGCAGGUACACCGUUCCCGUUACCUGUCCUGCAGGACCGGCCCUGCUACCUGCACAGAGGGGCCAUCACACGCUGUGUUCCCUCUCCAGCUAUAACUCUGGCGAGACCCGCGGCUGUUACCAUGGCGCUCCGCACAGGCGAGUCUCGCGAGAGUUAGAGCUGGAGAGGGAACACAGCGUGUGAUGGCUCCCUCCACCAGACCACCAGGCGAUCUCCCCCCUCCCUGACAAGGUAAGAAGCAGGGAGGGGGGCAUAAAAAAAUAUACAUACACAUCAUCCAGCACUCACACACCCAUCAUCCAGCACUCACACACACCCAUCAUCCAGCACUCACACACACACAUCAUCCAGCACGCACACACACACAUCACGCACACACACACACAUCAUCCAGCACACACACACAUCCACAUCAUCCAGCACACACACACACACAUCAUCCAUCACUCACACACACACACAUCAUCCAGCACCACACACACACACAUCAUCCAGCAGCACACACACACAUCAUCCAGCGCACACAUCAUCACACACACACACACACACACACACAUCAUCCACACACACACACAUCAUCCAGCACACACACAUCAUCCAGCACACACACAUCAUCCAGCACACACACAUCAUCCAGCACUCACACACACACAUCAUCCAGCACUCACACACACACAUCAUCCAGCACUCACACACACACAUCAUCCAGCACACGCACACACACAUCAUCCAGCACACGCACACACUACAUUUAUUAUACACACUCUGCACUCACUACAAAACACUACAUUCACUAUACACACUGCAUUCACUAUACACACUGCACUCACUACAAACACACUACAUUUAUUAUACACACUGCACUCACUACAAAUACACUACAUUUAUUAUACACACUCUGCACUCACUAAAAACACACUGCAUUCAUUAUCCACACUCUGCACUCACUACAAAUACACUACAAUUAUUAUUCACACUGCACUCACUACAAACAGACUACAUUUAUUAUUCAUACUCUGCAAUCACUACAAACACACUACAUUCAUUAUACACACCCUGCACUGCACUAUAUGCAUAGGAGUGUAAUUUUUUUAAAGGCGAGAAUCUUGGGUGAGUUCCCACACUUUUUCCCCCAGGACUUGACCCCUGGGCAAAGGUUUAAAAAUAUUAGGAAGUAUUACUUUACGGAGAGGGUAGUGGAUGCAUGGAAUAGCCUUCUAGUUGAAGUGGUAGAGGUUAACACAGUAAGGGAGUUUAAGCAUGCAUGGGAUAUGCAUAAGGGAAUCCUAACUAUAAGAUAAGGCCAGGGACUAAUGAAAGUAUUUUUAAAAAAUUGGGCAGACUAGAUGGACCGAAUGGUUCUUAUCUACAGUCACAUUCUAUGUUACCAGGACAGCUGCCUUGUCUUUUCCGUUCUGGAAUUGGAUUAUCAGGUCCCUUGAUAUUGUAGGUGGCGCCUUUGCCGGUUUAGGCACCCGGAAUAUUUCUUCAGUCACUGUUGCUUUGGCCUGUCUAGGGGUCAGUAAGGCUGACAGCAACCGUCUCACUUCGUGUGAUAUCUCUGCUUCAGGGAUAUUUUCAGAGAUCCCUCUGAUUUUGAGAUUAUUCCGGCGGCGGGAAUCGUUUUGUGCAGCAAAUCGACACUCAUAUGAGUGAUUCUGUUUUUGCAAGUCGCGGAUCUCAUGUUGAAGAGAUGUUAUCUGCUGUGUGCAGGAGUGUGAGUUAGUUUCCAGUGCUCCGAUUCAGCUUGUCAGGCCCUGCAGGUCCUGACGCAUUACGGCCAUGUCUGCCUGUAUUUUUUUUUUUGCAGGUCUUCUAGGAGCUCCUUUAAUAUCAUAGUUGUCAUCGAAACAGAGUCUGGCUUCAUGAGAGGGGUCGGCGGUGGAACUGCCUGAGCAGAUGUCUAGCCCUCCUCUGUUUCGCAGGAGAAGUCAUCUGAGAGGUCCGAGCAGUCCCCAGUGAGGGACGCCAUUUUAGGCCCAUGAGCCUGCCGCCACAGAUCUCCAAUGUUCAUGCCCAUUUGGGGUGCAUCCUGCCUUGUUUUUUUCGUUUUUUUCCCCCAUGGGGUUUGAGCAAGCUGGGGGGUUCCUCAGAACUCAAUAAGGCUGGUCUAGAUGUAGAAAAUUGUGUAAUUAUAACCCUCGAGGUCUGGAGCUCUACAAACAUGCAACCGUCUGCUUUGGCUGUCAGAUUCCGACCCCCUUUAAAUCAUUUGAAAAGUCUAUACAAAAAUAUUAAAUUGAGGCCAAGAUUUUUCUUAUAACUCACAAGAAGUAACAUACAUGACCUUACCUCAUCUCAAAUGUAGUUAAAAGUUGUUUUUCGGGCUGUAUCCAGUUCAUGUUUUCAGGAUGUACUGUAAAUUCCAUCAAACAAAGCUGUCAAUAUGAACUUCAUCUCCACAGACAUGGUUUGACUUCAUAUCCAAUGAUCCAGGAUGCAGAGUCAAAAGAACAGCUUGUAUGACUAUCCGCAAACUUAUUGACAGCCCUGGAUUUACAGAUAAAUGUCUAUGGAAAAUGUGUCCAGAAGGUGGCUAUAGUCCUUUUGCUUUUGUGAAUAGAAAGAAACAUCACAUGGUGUUUCAUAGAAUCUAAAAACUGAUCUCAAAAUGCGUUGGUGCCAUGCAGUACAGACUUAUUGCAGUCUCAUUUUAAAGUGGCACUGUCACCUUUUGGGGAAUUUGCAAAGUCCCCCAAUGGUAACAUCGCCACUGGUGGUCUAUUGGCACGUAAAGGUGAGUUUACUUACCAGUACCUGUCCAUCCCAGGCGACGCCUUCUUGAUCUGCUUUGGUCCUCCUCGGUGCUGAUGUCACUUCUUCUGUACUCUCCUUUAUGAAAGAUUCUGUCUUUAUGAAAAACAAAUUUUGGGAGGGGGGGUGACCGUGCCGCUUUUAGAUAUAGGCCAGGGGUGGGCAACCUUCGAUAUUCCAGAUGUAGUGGACUACAUACCCCCAAUGCUUUGUCAGCAUUGUGACUUUAAGAGCAUUAUGGGACAAGUAGUCCACAAAAUUUACUUUUGCGUCUAAACCUUACAUUAUAUGGUUUGUUGUAGAUUUUAUCCUGUGGAAUAUUUAGCGUUUACAAAUAGGCUUUAUUUACAAAGCCUGAUUGGCUCGCAUGGUAGACUGGCCGAUGCACUGGCCCUCAAAAGAACGUUGCUGUCUAGAAUUCACACUGGGAUGUUUCUACUUCCACAUUUGCAUGAUACCUGGAACAGAUAGUGAUAAGAACUGGGAGGGCUUCUUUUAAUGGUUUGUCCUGUGUGACUGCGUGUGACUGAUAAGGAGUGAGAAAGCUUCUCGGAACCCCAUGCAUGCUGUAUAUACACACAGUAUGAGUACACCCGGGUACAUGAUCUUACAUAGGCAUGAAUCAUGUUAAUUGUUUUGAAAUGAGACUGUAAGUUCUGCAUUAAUCAGCAUUCCUUCAGGCUGGUGGUAACUAAUGAGGGGCAGAGGCAGCGUUUAGCAUCACGAAUUUUGAAGAAUUUGGAUAUGUUUUUCAAAUGAUUUAGUAUUUUUGCAUAACGUUUUAAGAUGAUUUAAAAAAAAAAAAAUUAAAUAUUUUUUUCCAUAUAUUGUUUAAAUACUAUCAUAUUUUAAUAGUUUGAGAAAAAAACAUAUUUUAGAAAUUUAUAAAAAAAAAUUAAAUCAUUUCAAAAGUUUAUCCAAAAAUAUAAAAACCGAGGAAUUAAUUUCCAGCUCUUAAUUCUCAUGUACAUCCACAUUUUAUCUCUAGCUUUCUUUGUAUGAACAUAAUCCUUUAUCCAGUUAAGUGUCCAACAAUAGUAAAACAGUUUGACAUCUUACCAUGGGAUGGUAACAGGGCACUCCUGCCACCAUCAUCACUACAGCAAACUGAAGUGGUCGUGGUGCUCGGAGUGUUCCAAUAUAUAAAUAAUGCAAUAGAAAAUAAUUGGGUGAAAAACAGCCUGGAUUGUACCUUUUUUGCAUAUAGUUUGACAUGAAAUUCUAUAUAUUUAAAAAAAAAAAAAAACGCUCACAGUGUGAGACCAGACCUGUCCUGCUGGCCACUCCCACUAAAAAUAAAUUGUCCCUCUUUGUCAUAUUGAAAAAUUGGGAGGUAUGUCCAAGUAUAUUUACAUAUACGCUUCCAAAUUGAUUAAAUUAAAUAGAAAUAAGGAAUUUGGGGGCACACCCGGAACAUGACUUUGUCAACAGCAAUACAGAUGUAAGGACCGAAAUAUAUAUAAAAAAAAAAUACAGAUUAAGGAACAACGCACACACAACAAAAUACAGUGUUACAUUUUAUAAGGCUAUUUAAAAUCGCCUAUCUCAGCAUACAAAUAUGGGGUUUCAGUUCCACCAUAUGGCCACACUGUGUUAAGCCCACCACUAUGUCCCCAAUAUCGGUAGGUCCUACACUAAUUAUAACAUGGGAGAUUAUCAUGCUACUUGUAAUACAUACAGCUUAAACGGCUAUCAUUGGCUUUUCUGUGGGUUUCCUGUGGUCACCUCCAAAGGAGCAUAAUUAAUUUAUACACAAUACAGUUUAUAUAUCAUGUUGCUGGCACAGCUCCAUGGGAAAUGUAGUUGAAGAACAUGCCAGGUGCCAAGGUUACUUCUCACUGCAUUAUUGUUGACAUAUAUCAUUUUUAUUCCCAGGAGAGCCAUAUUUUCUGCCUACCUCACCACACUUUCUGGUGUUGGUAAAUCCCCAUGGCGGAACUGGUAAAGCGCUAGAACUGUUCCAGAAACACGUGAUUCCUAUUCUAAUGGAGGCUGAUGUACACUUCACCUUGCUGGUAACAGGUAUGGGUUCUAAAGGUAUUAUAAGGGCAGGGAGGAACUAUCUACAUUGGGUUAUAUUGUUACUUACUAAAAUGGGGUUUCAAAAUGAAUUUCAACUUUAAGUUUACUGAUGUUACUUAUGUUUUCGCACUUUGCUCUGCUAAUUAUGCUAAGGUUAAAAUUUACCAUAAAAAUGGUUGAUUGGCUUCUGAGAUGAAGGUGUUUUCAACAAUUUACAGUGUGUAAAGAAUCAAAUUUUCACUUAUUUUCUUUAUUUUUUAAAUUAUUACAUGGCCGUCACUUCCUCCCAGCAGCACUUGAGGUGUAGCCACAAUUUAUUUUUUUUAAAGGGGCCCGGUCGCGCAAUUACAUGCCUGCAGCGCUGACAGGGCCCCUGAAGAUAUAGGGCCCAUCGGGUGGCCCUAAAUGCUUGGGCCACCUGAUGGGCCCUGGUGCAUAUGCACCUGCGGCAGUUUCGCCGCUCCACCUGGGGCCCGUGCCGCCGGGCCUGUGACAACAGUUAUGGUUGUCACCCCCUGAUGGCGGUCCUUCUGUCAGACAAGCUUAACCUAACGUGCUUGCUGUUGUGAUUGCUCUAUGAAACUGCAGCAGGCAAAUUAGACAAAAAAUAAUAAUAAUUUUAGUUUCAUUAAAUGUAAUAAUUUUAAAAAAAAAUAGAAAGUGACAGUUGUGCUUUAAUUUUGUAACAAUUCACACUAUGUUUGUGGCUCCCAGGCAUACUGAAAGAAAAAGUGUUCUUCCAUUAUUAUGUACGGGUCUCACAUAGGGUAGGCAGCGGCGUUUAUGCUCUCCUUUUGCACCAUUUUAUGUCUCCUGGAUCCAUAGAAAGGCCCAAUCAGGCACGCGAAUUGGUACGUGACCAGGACCUGUCCAGGUGGGACGCCAUCGUUGUGAUGUCAGGUGAUGGGCUCAUUUUCGAGGUAUCAGGACACCUACUCAAUCUAUGGUUCUCGCUCUUCUAUAUUUCUUGCUCUUCUGCAAUCUUUCAACUGUAGGCUCCAGAGGCAGAACCAAUAUAUUUAAAAGAGCACUCCAGGCACCAAAACAAUCCAAAUUAAGUUUUUAUGGUGCCAAGGUGCCCCCGAGCGCACUCUCACCUUCAGGAGUUAAACCGCUCUCCAACUGUUUAACCACACUGUUUAAGUUGCCUCCAGUGCCAGUCAGCUGACGCUCUCAGCCAAUCAGUGACUCCCCAUUCACAAAAUUGUAUUGGAAAGGGUACAUUUCUUUCCAAACCAAUUAUGGGAAUGGACAGUCACUGAUUGGCUGACAGUGUCAGCUGACUCCUUUCAGCCAAUCAGUGGCACCCCUGCUUGGUUGCACUCCGCGCUUCUUAAACUGAAAUUUCAGAAACUGAAUGCCAUCUAGGGGGGAGGAGUGGAGAACGGAGUGUAUAGUCGAGAACUGUUAAACCUCCUGGCACCAUAACACCUUCAUUUAGAUGUAGUUGUUAUAGUGCCAUAAGCAGCCUAAACUGUCCCUUUAAGCUUUAGGAUUGCUUUACUCUUUUACUCUAUGGUAUUUCUAUGUCAAGUAUUUAACUGCAAAUAAAUGUGGCUUUUUUUCAUUUCAUCCAGGUCGUUAAUGGGUUAAUGGAGCGGCCGGACUGGAUGGUUGCUAUUAAAAAGCCACUUGCAAUUCUCCCAGGAGGAUCGGGGAAUGCCCUAGCUGCCUCUGUAAAUCACUAUUCUGGGUAAGGAAACGUAUGCAUCUUCAUUACAUGUCUUGAUUAAUAUUUAACCAACAAAUUGGGUUUUAUUAAUUUAAACUGAGAAUAGUGAGGGAAAUGCUUGGAAUUAGAAAUUCUCCCAACUCUAUUUCUCCUGCUCCACUAGUUUGGCCUACAAUUUGCAGUCCCCUUGUAAUUUGUAAACAAUUCCUGCUUAGAGAAUUAUCCACAGUUUUUCCUGCUUCCACUGAGAAUGUGACAAAGUUCUACAAUAAAGUAAUAAUGCUCCAGGCACUCAAGUUCAAUCCAGUGGGCAGAUUUAUUGGAACACUGGAUUGAACUUGAGUGACUGAACCAUUAUUACUUUUUUGUAAAUCACAUUGUGAGGAUUGGCCAACUCAGGCCCGGUUGCACCCUGGUAAUCAGGAGAGUGUGGUAUCCAUAUUGGUAAAUAUAAAGUUCUACAAUAGUCAUUAGAACUAUAGAACAUGCUGUCUUCAUGUAGGGACAGAAGUGUGUGACAGAUGUCUACCCAACCUCCUUCAGCCGUAAUCCUAUUUUGCUCCCGGUUGUGCUAAAUUGUAAUACGUCCCAAAGCAAAUCCAUUGCACACUUUGUGAGACAUAACAAUUUUCCCAACCCCCAUAGAUAACAGCCUGGGCAUGGUCCCAUUUUACAAAAUUUUACAUUUUGUUAAAUCUCUGUAAAUAAACAUGUGGAAGCCUAAUAGCUUACAAUAUAUAGCCAUCUGGUUAUAUAACAUGUAUUUAUCUUCUUGCAGGCAACAGCAGGUGAUGGGCACCAAACUGCUGAUUAAUUGUUCUUUUGUGCUGUGCAAAGGUCAACCUCAACCCCUGGACAUUGUCUCGUUGACCACCCUCUCUGAAAAGCGCAUAUAUUCCUUCCUUAGCUUGGCAUGGGGUUUUAUAUCUGAUGUGGACAUUGAGAGUGAGAAGUACCGAUUCAUGGGUUCCAUACGUUUCUCAUUUGGAACCUUGGUGAGGCUAACUGCGCUUCGUACAUACCGAGGACGUCUUUCCUAUGUGAAAGAUAGUACUUUGUCGAAAACCAAAGACUUGGACACAAUCACUAACAAUCCCAGCUCUGAUAACAAAUGCCCAGUAAUACAGACUGAUGGCGUGGUGAAAGAAGAGCUGGAAGAUUCAUUGCUUGUACCAUUGGGUCAACCUGUUCCAAGUCACUGGACUGUAGUUCAGGAAGAUGAAUUUGUCCUAGUCCUGGCCCUUUACCAGUCUCACCUUGGUGCUGACCUUUACACUGCUCCUAUGGUGCAAAAUUUAGGAGAAGGCAACAUACAUCUCUUCUAUGCCACUUCCAGAAUCUCUCGGGGGUCUCUACUCAAACUGUUUCUUUCUAUGGAGAAAGGCACACAUAUGGAUACUGAAAUUGCACAUUUAGUACAUGUUCCCGUCAAAGCCUUCCGCAUAGAACCAUUACAAAAUACAGGAAUAAUGACUGUGGAUGGAGAGGUCAUACCAUGUGAACCUAUUCAAGGACAAAUACACAGAGGCCUUGGUUGUUGCAUUUCAGCCCCAAGUAAAACAUGAUAUCCUUGGUUUAGACAUCAGCUCACUACAACCAGGGCACUGGCACCCCUCCCCUGCCCCCCCAAUGUAACUAUUCCAACCUUUUGCUAACACCUUGAGAAUUUGCUUUGGAUCUACUGGGUACCAAUUUUCUCCUCCAUUGUCACUGAGAGCUGAAAGCUCUCUUUAUUGAGUUAAGCCCGAAGGUACAAAGCUCAGUUGAUUGGCUGAGCACAGUCCGGCGAUGCUCUCAGCCAAUGAUCUGGCUCAGCACAACAUGGUUUCACCCAGGAGAGCUAUUGAAAGCUCCAUGAAGUCUUCAGUGGUGGAUGUGACUGGUGACCAGUGCUUGGCGGACUUGUCAGCAAGCACUUUGCCUGAUUGCAUUGCAGAUGACAGGGCACUUCUGCCACCAUAAUUACUACAGCAUUCAGCAGUGGCUAUGGUUCUUGGAGUGUUCCUUUACUCAGGUGGACUCCAAGAUUCAGAACAUAGACACGUUUCUUUCAAGAGCAUUUGGGUACUACAAUAGUUUGACCUAGAAAGCCUGAUGAUUAUGUAUUUAUGGAUUUCCAAACCACUCACAAAUCUAUGUUUAGCAUUUUAGCCCUCAACUGCAACGCCCAAAAUAGUCUACAGAUCAAUAAGAAGCAAUUAUAUGAUGAUGAUGAUAAUGACUCACAAUAACCUGUAGUAGGCUGUCAACAAAGUGACACUAUAAUUAUAAUUUUCAAAAUAUUUUUGUGUGUGUAUUUUUUUAUUCAUAUAUGUUUCUAUUUAAAGGGAAACUGUAAUUUCUCUGGAAUUGAUGCCACUGAAUAAAACAUUGAAAAUCAC